AUGACGAAAGAUGGAAACACUCCCAGAGUUGUCAAUGCCGACAACACUACCGGUACCACAAUCAUAGUUCAAUUCAACCCCGCUUUCCAACUACCUGUCAAACUUAGUGGCAAUCACAAUUUUGCCACUUGGAAAGCUCAGUUCUCCAUGCUUGUGCACAGCCAUGACCUCUAUAGUCACCUUGAUGGGUCUACCCAGAUUCCCACUUCGAGCACUACUUUUGGUAACAAUACAACCCCUAAUCCUGCUUAUACACUUUGGUUUGGUCAGGAUCUACUGUUCCAGAACGCUCUUAUGGCGUCUGUUGACUCUACUAUUACUUCCACAGUUGCUGCUGCCAACACAUCUAAACAGGCUUGGGACUCCCUGCACACUGCUUAUGCAAACAAGUCCCAGACUCGGAUCUUCAGUCUUUGUGAUCAACUUGCACGAAUCACAAAAGAUACCAUUCCCAUUACUGAGUACCUUCAGCGCAUUCGGUCCCUCUCUGAUGAACUUGCCACUGCAGGUGCCCCGAUCACUAACUUCAAACUUAUCAUCGAAAUUCUUAGUGGACUUGGCCCUGAGUUUUGUGAGAUAUCGCCUGCCAUACAAGCACGUGACACCAUAGUCAUUUAUAAGAAACAAUAUGAAAAGUUGCUUGACCACAAGCUCUUUAUCUAUCAUGAGGAAUCUAAGAAAACUCAUAGUCCUAUCACAGCAGGAGGGAGAGGACGGCCCAAGCGGAACCUUAUAAAGAUUCUGGUCACUGACCAGAGAUCAGCAGAUGUACGAAAUGUAGUAAUGGAGCUGUUUGUCUCACCAAAAGGGGUGAGAAUUGAAGAACCAAAUGCGACUGUCACUCCGAGGAGCACGCAAAAUGAGUAG